AUGGAGGAGGCUGCGAAUGCGGCGCUCAAGAAGCUGGAUGGUCGGUAUGUUUCUCCGACGACUUUAAAAGGUAUGAUUUCUGAAGCCCAUCCCACGCCACCGAUGGAGGUGGUAGCACAUCAUCUACAGCAGGUUUCCACUCAACCCCCGUUGAACGAGAUAUGCAUGCUGGAUGAUUUCGCGAUUGAGGACUGGCCAUCGUUCAGGAACGACAAGAUCCAGUGGUUUGCAUCUCUACAGGACGCACCUUUCCCACCAAAAGUUCGAAGUCCACUCUAUAUCAAGUUUAGACCAUACCUCUUUCAUGCUACAAAGAGAAUCUACGAAAGCAAAGUUUGGCGGCAGCAGCAGCAGCGGGAUCCGUUGGAAUUGAACUUUCAUUAUGGCAGUGGUGAAGGAUCUUGUGUUGGUUCUCCUGAUAUGGUGAUCACAGACUCUUCAAAUGACGAGACUUUGGUCGUCGGGGUGAUGGCCAUGGAUCCAACCGGCCGGCCCGCGCUUGCGAGGCUGUAUUCCUAUCUCCUUCUCACCGAUUGCUCGUUCGGGGUGGUGUCAUCCUACAUGCGGACUGCUUGUUGCAAAAGGGUGGGCAGUCGUCUGCUUGUGUCCCAAGGUGUUUCUCACGUGGAAUCUCCCAUGAUGGGAAUCGGUUUUAUGCUUGCGGAGGCUCUGCAGAAUAAGAAGCACAAACCUGCGCUUCCACUUAGAAGCCUACACCUUAGCUACGCAAGAGGUGUUUUUGAGGAAUGCUGUCGAGCACAGCAAGUCAGGUCGGUGGGACAGAUGGUUUCAGGUCUUGGAGCGCUCGACAUUGGUGAUGUUCGGGAAUUGAGGUUUGCGUGCAGUGGCUUUGAAGGUCUCACUAUCGUCGUCCGUGGUUUGUACAAAGGGAGGACAAUAGUUGUCAAAGCCAAAGAUCUUUCAGCUCUGCAGAGCAAUGGCGAGAGCAUGAGCUACUUGCUUGGUAAAAGCGUGAGAGAACUGGACGUGUACAUGAGGCUCCACAGGGUUCAAGGCAUAUGCAUCCCGAGGCUGCUGUCUUAUGGAUUCAUCCGCGGGGGAAUGAUCUUCUACGUAAUAAUGUCCGAUGAAGGCCAAGCUGCUGGAGUCGAGGAUUGGACUCCGAGCAAUGCGGAAGAAGUGCGAGCAGUCGUGUCCCAGGCCCGGAAGGCGCUCUUGGCACUUCAUGACCGCGGAGUUGUCUACAACGGGCUUCAUGACCUCAAGAACAUUGUCGUUACCGUAGAAGGUGGCCAGCCGCGUGCUAAACUGGUCGGGUUCGGCAAUGCCAUCGUCGGCAGAGAUCGGAGAACAUGUCGCGCCAUGGACGAAGACUUGAUGCAGCUUAAGGAGUGUGAGGAGUUUCUACAAGAGAUAUGUGCAACUUUUGGUGGCAGGAGGAGACGCGAGAGGAAGAGAAGAAUCAGGCGCGUUUCCGUUUCGGACUCGGAUUCAGACUAG